CGCACGGCGCACACACCCGCGUCCGCGUCGGUCGGAUCGAUCUCAGCGAGCUCUCAGCUCUCGCGUCCUCGCGUCGAAAUCGCGCGAGAGCGAACGCGCGCGACGCGUCGCCUCGUUUCCGUCGACGCGCGUCGCGCGCGGGAAAUUGUUGACACGCGAGGCGCGCGGUCGACGAAGGAUCUCGCGGAAUAAUCGCGCGAGGAGACGCGCGCGAUGACGUCCGGCCCCGGCGACGCCGUCGGCAACGACGCUUCGAGCGCGCUCGCGGGGAUGUCCCUGCGCCCGGGCGGCGGCGCGGAGUCAGAGUGGCUCGGAGGGUUUAACAAGGGCCCCGCGCCGGGAGAGGCGCCGCAGCAGGUCAACUCCGCGCUCGUCGGCGACGGCAGCUCGCUCGCGCCAAAACCGCACGGCGGCGGCGGCGGCGGCGGCUGGAAAGACUCGCGACGGAGCUUCGACCACGGCGGCGGCGGGAGAUCGUCCAAGUGGCGCGAGGACGAGCGCGGCGGGCCCGACCUCGGCAGGCGCGGCUGGAAAGAAUCCGCGAGCGGCCCGCCGCCGCCCGGCAUGGGCGGCGGCGACUUCGCGAAAGAAGGCCGCGGGCAGUGGAACCGACGCGGCGGUCAGGGCGCCGGGUGGAAUCAAGGCGGCGGCGGCGGCGGCGCGAGGACGUCCCCGGGGACGUCCCCCACGGACGGUCCCGGGAUGCACAGCGCGCUGAACGGCCCUCGAUGGAGCGGCAACGACGGCGGCGGCGGGAAGAAAGAACCUUCCAGGCCAGCCGCGGGCCGCGGGUUCUCCAUGGGCCGCGGCCGCGGGCUCAGCUUCGGCGGCGGCGGCGGCGCCGGCGGUUCGAUCCCCGGCGCCGGCGCGUCGUCGUCCGAGUUUUUCGAGGGCUUCAACAAGCGCGCGCGAGGGCGAUACGACGACGCCGCGGCGGCCCCCGCGACGUCGCUCCUCGUUCCCCCGGGGGGACCCGGACCCGGCGGCGGCGGACUGACCUCCGUACCCGCGCCCGCGACGAUCGAACGCCACGGACCCGUGCGGUACAAGUACAACGCGACCGACCUCAUCGAACGCAUGCGCGCGCUCGAGGCGGCGUGCGGCGGCGCGGGGCUGCCGCUGCCGCCGAACGUGGACCCGGAGUCCGUGCCGCUGCGCGUCGUGAAACCCGGCGACGUCAUGUACGAGCUCACCGUGGAGGGCAGCAAAGGGUCGCGCGCGCGCGACUGGUCCUCCGGGGCGGCGGGCGCGGCGCACCCGGCGCCGCUGAUCCCUCCCGCGUCCGCCGCGGCCGCGGCCGCCGCGACGAAGAAGAACUCGAAGAACGAUUCAAACGACAACGCCAUCUACCCCGGCGUCGGCGGCGUCGUCGGCCUGGGCAGCGAGGCGGACCGCGCGAACGUCCCGGAGUGGGCGACGGAGACGGCGGCGGAUCCUCCCGGCGCGUUCUAUACACUGGUUCCCAUACGACCCCGUCGGCGUGGUGAACGCCGAUCCUUAAGGACUUUGCCCGGCGUCUCUCUCCGCCCACCCCCCGCUUUCAAUCCCCGUCCUCGACGCCUUUCAACGCCAACUGACGCCUUUGAACUCCACCCCGACGUUCGCUUGUAUAGGUGCGGGCGACGGGUACCUCGGCGGCGGCGCCGUGCCGAAGCUCACCGCGGAGGAGGCGAACAGCGCGGCGUGGCUCGAUCAGAAGAUGCGCGAUCGGCUCGUGGGCGGGGGCAUGUUCGUGAGCGACGACGCGAAGGACAGCGGGUUGAUCGGCGCGCUG